AUGGCACCAUCUCCUCCACCAGCGUACGCCAGUGAGGAGACAGAGCGCAGCCCAGUCUUGUACCCUCAAAGGAGCAUGCCGUCGCUGGCACGCGGCCCCAGAAGGGCCACCGCGGAGAGUCUCCCUCGUUCACCUGGUGUGAGCGAGGGACGCUUUAGCCCGAAGUCGCCGACUUGCACGUCGACUACCUCAAAGCAGACAGAGCGGUUGAGAUCACACACAGCCCCUGAUGUCGAAGCCAUCCGAGCGAGGGUUGCCAAUGCGAUGCAAGAAGUAGAAAGGCUGCAAAAGAGAAUCGACGAUGUCGUGGAGAGACAGAGCCUGUAUACCCCUAGUCGACCGUCGAGUGCGCAUUCUUCUCACUCUCUUGCUCGCACUCUACCUGAUUUGGAACCCAUGCCAUCAAUUCCAGCGCUGCCUCCGUCGGCCCCGUCCUUUGCGGAGCGACUCCACGAUGAAGCUGAUAAAUUGCCCGCAAGGACUACGACCUUAUCAAUACGGCCUUAUGCAAUCAGCGGGAUAGCAAUGCAGAACCCUGGCGGCCAGAGAAGACGUCCACCGCCUCUUGAGGACGACGAGUUUUCCAAAGCUAUGCCGCCGCCACUGCCGCUGGUUCUGCGGCCACCAUUGCGAAAGAAGAAGCCAUUCUCGGAAGGUUUAUCAGGCUUCGUGUUCCCAGUGCCACCACGAAAGAGCAGCUUAGACAGUGUAACCAACAUGCCACGCCCAAUCAAGGGUACAGAAGGGUUCUACCACAUGCGCGCACCUUACUCGCCAGCCACGCCUCACGAUUUGCCCAUUGAGCGAUGCGCGACGUUUGGCCAAGACGCCAGGGAGCUACCGAUGAGCGUCGGUAUCGCUCUUUAG